AUGGUUGAAAAGAAACAAGAGGACAACCAGGAGGAAUCUGAGCAUCCCAAGAAAACAUCCCCGUUUCUGACAACAGUUCCAACUGCCGUGACGAAGUUUGGAAGUUUCAGAAAAACUAACAUGCUCCCCCUUUCACUCGCUCCACACGGCAUGGAGUUAUCUGAAGCAAAAAAAGAAGCUCACUUGAAAGAGUCGUUCGGCGUGGGCCCUCUAGUUUUCCCUGCUUUACAGCGCUUCAACAACAUUGACGCCUUCCUCGCUUUUUACUGUGUACUGGUCCUAGCUCAAGGUCUUGUGUUUGGUCUUGUUGAUCUGAGUACUGAGUAUUUUGAGAAGGAAUUUUAUAUGUCCAGUCCAGAGAAAUUUGCACUGUCCUUCUCUUAUGAUCUUACAUCCUUAUUGUCAGCAAUAUUUGUAGCCUACUAUGGAAGCAGAUAUAACAGGUCAAAAUGGGUGGCAGCUGCUGCCUUUUUAGUGGGGCUUGGAUCCGUUUUAUGUGCUGUUCCAUUCAUGAAAUAUGAAGUUAUACCACAAAUAGAUGAAAGCGAAGAGUUGUGCAUAGAUGAAGAACACAGGGCAAUUCCAAAUUGUCUGGAAAACUUGGCACCGCACAGAUCAGAAACCAUCUCUUUCUUCAUCCUCGGGCAGUGUCUCCAGGGAAUUGCAGGGAUGCCUAUUUACAUCCUUGGUAUUAUCUUCCUUUUUGACCACUCUGCCACACACUUAGCUGGUAUCUAUUUAGGUAUUGGUGAAGCUGUACAAAUACUGGGAUACGGUCUGGGUUUCAUAGUGGGAUCACCAAAUAUUAAACCUCCAAAGAAUCAAGGUUUGAACAGAUUGAUGAGUUUCGCGUCUCUACUGCAGCAGAUCAAUUGGUGGGCUGGUUUCAUUAGUGCCACUCUGCUUGCGUGGGUCGCCUUUUUCCCAUUACUAUGUUUUCCAUCAGAUUUACCUGGUGCAAAGAAGGUAAAACUUCGAAAAGAAAAAGAACCUUCCACUGUUGACAAGAACCUUAAAUAUAAAAAAUUUGGACCUCAUUUGAAGGAUUUGCUUCAUGCUCUUCAGUGUCUGGUGAAGAGCCCUCUGUUUAUGUGUCAUGCAAUGUGCAAAGCCACGGAGUCCCUGGCUUAUAUUGGAGCUGCAGAAUUCUUGCCCAAAUAUUUAGAAAAUCAGUUUUUGUUAACGCCCUCACUUGCCACUCUGCUCACAGGAAUUAUUUUAAUUCCAGGAGGUGCAAUUGGCAGUCUUCUGGGAGGUUUAAUUGUUUCGAAGUUGAGAAUGUCCUGUAAAGGCCAAAUGAAAUUUGUCAUGGUGACAUCUAUUAUAUCGCUUCUGCUUUUCAUAUUAAUAAUUUUUGUAGAAUGUGAUACAGUGCAAUUUGCUGGAAUCAGUGAAAAUUAUGAGGGGUCAGGUAAAUUGGGAAACCUCACAGCUCCAUGCAAUAAGCACUGUGGCUGCACAAGCUCUAACUAUGCUUCUGUGUGUGGAAGAGAUGAAGUUGAGUAUUUCUCUCCCUGCUUUGCAGGCUGCAUAGCUUUUAAAGAAUUUAACAAUGAAAAGGCAUACUACAAUUGUUCUUGCAUUAAAAAAGGAUUGACAAAUGCAGAUUCUGACGGAGAUCUUAUUGAUGCCAUUCCUGGAAAAUGUGAUACCAAGUGUAACACAUUACCUUUGUUUUUUGCUUUUUUCUUUUCUUCAAUUGCUUUUUCUAGUUCAGCUAGUACACCAAUAACCUUGAUUAUACUCCGAACUUUACCUAACAAUUUAAAGUCCCUGGGCAUGGGUGUGACCUAUACAGCUCUGAGAUUAUUAGGAUCCAUCCCUGGACCACUAUUUUUUCGAUUAACAGCAAGUAGUUCUUGUAUUUACUGGGAUGUUAGUAAAUGUGGAAGUACAGGUCGUUGUUGGAUCUACAGUAAGACAAAAAUGGUCUUCAUAUUGUUGGGACUAUGUAAGUAAUGUGAAUUAUACAUAUUUAAGUAA